CAAAUAUUUAUUUACACAACAACAAAAAUUGAAAUCCAUUCAGAUUCAAAAUCCCCUGAAUAACCAACAAAAAAACAAACCCAAAAUAAUGUGUCCUUUCCAGCUUAUAGCUGUUAUAGCAAAGAUGAGGAAGAUGGAGGAUUGUGCAUCCUCGUCGACUCCGUCUCGCCUCAGACGGGAACCCCUGGUCAAUAUCGACCCCAUCUGAUUAGAUGUGGAUCCAGCAAAAAAAAACAAAAAAACAAUCUGCAUAGCAGAAUAUAAAGUUAUCACUCAAUUUCUUGUUUUUAUAUUUCUUGUAUCUCUCCUACUCAAAUGCAACCUAUAAACAAAUGUAUUAUGAGAUAUAAAAAAAACCUCGUCACCAUUAAUGUGAGUCUUUUACAGUAGUAAAUAAACCACGUUGCACAAAUUAUUAUCUCUUAUCUGUACUUAACUUAACACAGUUGUUCGCAUUAGAAAAUUAGGGAAAACCCUGUAAGUAUACAUAUCAUAAACCUUAGCGGACAAUUUACACUCAUCAACCUUGAACAUGGCGUCCAAAAAAUGGCGCAGUACAAAUUACGGUCGUCAGGUGAACAAUUCAAUUUACCACUCAACAUACUAACUCACUGAAACAUCUUUGCAACAUUUACGGUUAAUCUCCGAUUAUUAUUAUUAUUAUUAUUUGUAACAUAAUAACAUUCAAUAUUAGCAUUCAUAAUGACACGUAGCAUACAACCAGAAAACUCACCGGAAAAAAGAAAAGAGAAAGAAAACAAAUCACACCAAUUUCUCAGGUCGCAGCCGUCCUGGAACUCUCAUAACAUACUGUUCAGAAGGUCACCCACUCACCUAGAUCAUGCGCUCCCCGUGACCGCCUGGACCAAUGACAGUUCGGCAAUUAAGGGGCCUUAAUUGAAGUGACCUUUUUCAGGCUCUUUUUUCUUCUUUCAGUUGCGGUUCCGAGAGACACUGCUGGCACUCCUUUUCAUUCGAGUUCAGUUGGAUUUACCACUCCCUUUCAUAUUUUUGACAGUGUUUUUUUUUUCUUUUCAUAUUCUGUGUGCGUCCAUAAGAAGUGAGUACUGUAUUUAGUUUGUUCAUUUUAUCACAUGUGGUGUUUCGGUGUGUUUUAUCACCUGUCUCACUUCAUCAUCAUAUAUGUCAUUAUUCGCACUUGUUUAUUUCAUAUCAUAUUGUUUUUAUUCAUUACUAUUUCAGAUGUUUAAUGUUUCAUAUUUGUUUACGUACUUUUCUUAUUGUCUUUGCAGUUACCACACACAAACCUACUGUUUCAUUUCUUGAAUAAACAAUUCAGAAGAACAGAGAGUGUCACCAUCAUAUUCAUUGUUCUCACCGGACAAACUGUGGAGGUGUACAGUCAGAUAAUCAUUCAUUUUAACAGAGGUCUCAAGUUUGGGGAUUAUAAGCCAACACCUCUUUUAUACAUACAACUCGUGUCCAUGAAAAUAAAACAAUAUUCCUCCCAUAAACGUUAAUAAUCUCGCUCGUAACAAAUCGUUGUGGCAUCAGUGCUGAGCGCCCCCCUGUGGCUACUCAAAGCAAUUACAGUCACAAAAACAGCUCUCUUAAUGAACUCACACUUAAUGAAAAUGAAUGAACAUGAAGCCAACAAUAAAAUACACGUAGUAAACCCAACUGUAAUUUUCAUGGGGUUACAAUAACAUGUUCAUUGUACUAUUUUAAAAAAGAUUAUGAACUUAAGAACUGAUGAUGCUCACUUAUUUUGACUUUGUGUGUCAGGUUUCCGAACAUCAACCAGAGCUGCUACAUGAACUCCAUCCUGCAGAGUCUGUUUGCCAUGGUGGAUUUGAUCACGGACAUCAUGUGCCAGAAGCCGGUUUGGAGUUCAGUGCCCGAGGCAAAACUGAUUAGAUCAUUCAUAGCAAUCAGAGAUGCACACCCCUCCUCAGAUACCCGGAAUAAAAUGUCCUUGCUGCACUCAUUUCGGAAGGCAGCCUCGAACCAGGGCCUAAGUUUCAGUGACCAGAAUCAAGAGGAUGCUCAUGAGUUCUUGACCUCAGUCCUGGACCAGAUGAGGAGUCUGUCCUCUCUGCUGCAGGUCAAUGCAGCCAACAUGAACAGGAGAUACAUCUGCCCUGUUAAGCGUCACCUGGUGUUUGAAAUCGAGAAGACCAGGACAUGCAACAAGAGUCAGAGUUGGAGUACAAAUGUGAGUGUGGAGGAAACACAUCUGGCCAGAGCAUGGCAUUCGAGACCCUGCCAAAAGUGAUCAUCUUGCACCUAAAACGCUUUAUCUACUCGCCCACCUAUGAGCUGAUGAAGUCGCAUGACCCCGUCGAGCUGCACAGGGACCUGGUGGUGUCCUCCAACCAGGGUGAUGGCUGCUACAGUCUAAUCAGCGUCGUCAGCCAUUUUGGCUCAAAUGGAGAAGCAGGACACUACAUCUGUGACGGUGUUCAUCCAGACGACUCUCUGUCCCAAACAACUGACCACUGGCUCA